CGGGCCGCGCGCCGCGCGCCGCUCUGCCAUACCCAUACCGACGACGGACGCGCGCGGCGGCCCAAAAAUUCGUAACCGGAGCGGCGCGGUCUUCCCCCACACGAUACAAAGCCCCCUUCUCCCUGCCUCCUCUCCCGCCCUCACCCCUCCCCUCCUCCUUCCUCGGCAAGACUAGGGUUUACCACCGGACCCCGCGAUGUACGGCGGAGGCGGCCAUUACGACGCCGGCGGCGGGCAGUACGACGGCAACGCCGGCGCCGCGAGCGCCAACAACCUCUUCGGCGGCGGCGGGUUCAUGCCCUCGCAGACCACCAACACCCCGGAGGGCGGCGGCGGCGGCUUCAACAAGGGUCGCGGCGCGCAGACGCUGAUGCCGCUCACCGUCAAGCAGCUCAUGGACGCGUCACAGACCAACGACGACAAGUCCAGCUUCCCCGUCAAUGGCUGGGAGGUGUCCACGGUUAGGCUUGUAGGACGCAUGUUGAAUAAGAACGAGCGGGUCACAGAUGUAACGUUUGUUCUUGAUGAUGGUACAGGCAGGAUAGAAGUGAAUCGCUGGGAAAAUGAGACGUCUGACACUGAGGAAAUGAAGCUAGUCAAUGAUGGCGACUAUGUUAUUGUCAAUGGUGGUCUGAAAGGCUUCCAAGGGAAGCGUCACGUGGUUGCUUAUUCCGUGUGGCUUGUAACCAACUACAAUGAUAUAACACAUCACUUUCUGUACUGCAUUUAUGUGCAUCUGGAUCUUGCCAAGGCUAAGAGGUUGGCGUCUCAGCCCCAAGCAAAUGCUAGUACAUCAACAUGGAACCAAGCUCCACUUCCUAAUAAUCAGUCUGCAUCUGGAAAUACUGCUGGAAAAGAGUUAACUGAUUUGGUCAUGAGUGUGUUUCAUGACCCAGUACUUGGAAACAUGGAGCAUGGAGUAAGUGUUGAUGAGGUUGCUAGCCGUCUUAAACUAUCAGAUGCAGUGGCCAGGUCAACUGUUCAACAUCUUGCUGAUAUUGGCAACCUUUAUCCAACUAUCGAUGACAACCACUUCAAGUCUGCACUGAAUGGUUGAAUAUGUUAGGAUCCCUGUUGAGCUAUUAAGAUAAUAUAGGCACUUUCUUUGCGUAGUGCCUUGAUGGUCCUGCAGACAGUCGAGACAAGAUUAACUUAACAGCUAGGUUAAGUUGCAUAUCAAGUAUUCGAUGUUAUGGACUUGAGUGGGCUACUUCAAUGCCUCCAGCACAUAUAUGCAUGUGAGACACUGAGACCUACAAUUAAGAUCUUAGGGUCUGCAUUUCGCCCAGGUAAAAUGUAAUGUCAUGGUUCCGUUCAACUGGAAUGUGUUGGUUCCA